CAGUCGACCUCGGGACGCAGCCGAGAACGGGCGCACGCCAUCUUGUUUCAUGAACUGUCAAAUUUCGCGCCGAUAUUGUGUCUGUGUAAGCACUAAUUGCCAACAAAAAAUAUAUAGUGUAGUGAAAAUAAUUAUCUUAUAAAAAGUGGAUAGUUUUUUCUUGUAUUAUUAAUUUCGUGUUGUUUUCGAAGCGGUUGCGUCGGUCUGUGAUUUGUGUUGUGUUUUUUUAUUAUUUUUGUCUUGUUCUUAAUACCGUUUGAACUGUCAACCUGUGCCCGGAAAGGAUAUUUUACGACAGUUGAGAACAAAAUGCGGUCGAAGCCUCGAUUGCUGUUAAUGUGAAGAACAGACGGUCCAAUGUUUGAUCGCACGAGGAGAUAAACUUACCGAUGGUACCGAAACGCAAACUGCCGAGUUGACGGUAACAGUACAGUCUGAGGUACCAACCACCGGGUACCUCCAACCCAAUGACCGAUGAAAUUGUCAAGUCCGAUAAUGCCAAAGAUGGCGAUCAGGUAGCCAAAGAUAACGCCGAUAACGAAACGAAAGGAACUAAAGAUAAAGAUACAAAACCAAGAACAGUGUCGUUUAAUAGAGACGUACACGUUAAAAGAUUCGAUAAGCCGCGUGCUUCGCGGACCCCCUCGUCAGAACAGCCGUCACCGAUCAGAAAGGAACCAUUCACACAUCUCUCUGAGAAGGAAUUGAUUGAAGAAGCGAACAAAGUCCGGGCGCAAGCCGAGGGCAUCAGCUGCACCUCCAACAACCCGCCAGAGAAGUUCUUCUCACUACCGCACCGAAGGAAAAAAGACAACAGAAUCGGAAGAAGGAACAGCGACGAAGGAUCCCCAGCGAAAACUCCUCUCGGCAGGUCGACCAGUGAUGUAAGCUCAAAGAAAAAGAAAGAACGCACAUCACUUUCGACCUUAUUCAGAAGAGCGCAGAGGAACAAAAGUCCAGACGCACCAGUAGCUGUCACCACUAAACCAGUUGCCAUUGUUAAAAGAAGUAAAAGUGACGUCUCUGAUUUGAAAUCAAACACUAACUUAAAUAGUACAAAACAAGACAAACCUGUUCGAAAACGAUCCGGCAGUGAAACGGAAGAGUUCCUUAAAUCACUAAGAAAUAAGAAGAGUCAGCUGUCACCCAUCAUAGAAAGUUCGCCAAGAGAGGAUUAUUUUAAGAAAACGCCACCUCUCGAUAUAUACCAGAAGCAGAAGUUAGCGGUAAGUAAGUCUGAAGAUACGACAACAUCGAACAGUAAAAAAAUCAAUCCUGUCGAAAAACCUCCCAGAUAUAAAACUCCAGAUAAACCUGAGCCCAAACCACCAACUAGAACUAAAAGGGGUAAAUCACAGGAAAAGGAUAAAGAAAAGUCUCCACAAAUAACGGAAACACCGAAACGAAAAACUGAAGUUAAGAAAACUGUACUGGUUGAUGAAAUCGAUUCUGUUAAAAAUAAAACUGUCAACUCAAUCGAAGUUAAGGACAGAAUAAAAGAUAGCAUCAAAAAAAUCGAAGAAAACGUUUAUGGUGAUAAAGAAAUGAUACAUAGCAGUCAACAACCGCCUGACAAGCCGCCUUUAACUAGAGGGCACACUGUCGACCAUUUAGUGAGAAUUAUAAAGGAAGAUCAACAAACUUCUACUCCUAAAUCUCAUAUAAUAUCUCCAACUAACGGAACGAACUCGAGUCAGCCGUUCUCUUACAUAAAACCAAGCGUGAGUCCUGACCCGAAUUUGUUUGCGAGAAAUACAAGUCCGGAGAGGGUACCUACCCCGGUCAACAAGAUGGAUAAAGGUGUGGUGUAUGCUCACGUAGUAAGAGAUCACGACUCAAAUAUCAACAGGAUCAACAAACAGACUAUUCACAAAACUUACUCGCCUUCGAGGGAGAAGUAUGGAAACUUUUCAGAUGAAGACGAAGGGUACGAUGAAAAACAUAAAUUUAACAAAACUCGUAUGUACGAUUACGAUUACAAAAACGAUGGAAAAGAUAAUUUCAAUAGCUACGAACCAUACAAUAUAACAGACUCGCCGAUCAGACCCAGAUUCAGAGAGUACAAGUUGACCAACUUCGAAGACUUUGAACCUACGUACGCUAAUGAAUAUUCACCAAAAGAAAAGUCUCCGGACCUAAUAGACCAGUUCAGAGGUAGAGGCGAUGGAAUGGACACCAAGAAGAAACAGUUUGAACAAGAAACUACUAAAGUUGACUUGGAUUUUAACGAACUAAGUCAUAGACGACAACUUUUAGAAUCACGAUUAAAUGCUCGUAGGCUUGAUCGUGAGAGAAACGUUGAAGCGCCUAUAACUAGAUACUUAGCCGAAGAUCCGAUAUACGAAGCAGAAAAACGCAUGAAAGCUACGGAGAGGUAUGUAAACGAAACAGUGCGAUACUACCGGAAUACUUUAGAGAGAGACGGCUUUGCCGAAAGCAGUGUGACAGAAGACUACAACAAAUACGAUUCAGACAACCAUAAGGUCAAAUACAACACUGAAAGCAGGACAUUCCAAAAAGUGGGCAAAGGGGAAGUUGAUAGACGUGAGUUUCUUGACAGAUUGGAACCUCGAUACAAGAGUAAUGUCAAAAGCUUCCCUCCAGAACCUGAAUAUGAACCUCCGAGUCUAGACUCUAACACUGGCAAGCCCCUGCUCACUCCAGACGAAUAUAAAGAGAAAAAGUACAAAGUGAAGAAACAACUCGCCUCUAGUCAUGAUCUCAUUCAAUCUGGACAGAAAUAUAAAGGAAAGGACGAGUAUUUUGGCAAAAGGAAAGGACAUUACGCCUCUAACCCCGAAAUUGCGCAAGAACGUGAAGAGGAUUAUGCAAAUCUUCCAAAAUACGCUGAUUCUUAUCACUCACUACGACGUGUUAAGAAUAAAGACCGAUACAAGGAAGAAUUCGGUAUGAGGCGUCAUGAUUCGGGUGACAGUCGUGAAUAUUAUCGGUAUGAAAGAUCUCCACGUCGAUACGACAUUGACAAUCGAUUAGUUGAUUCCGGUAUUGAAAAUGAUUUCCGAAAAGACUCAAGUGGUGAUAUCCACAGGACACAACAUAUGAGAAUCGAAAGCGAUGAUGACGUCAGAGACACUUCUCUCUUCUUGGCUAGCGAACGAAGGCAUACAGAGGAUAAUUAUCCUAGCGAACAGAUUUAUGCGAACGGAGACUAUUUGGCAAAGUUCAAAGACUACAGGGAUGAUGGAUAUAGGAAGGAGUACACGGGGCGAGAUAGAAGCGCUGAUGACGGAUCCAAUUUUGAACCAAAACUUGACAGAUACGAGAAAAGUCCUAGCAGACUUGAUGAUAAAAUUAGUGCGAAACCGCCGAAGGCAAAGAAACUAUCUGGACUUGAAAAGAUGAAACAGCUGUUCUCUCGCGACUCUUCUAAGAAGAGCAAGAAAGAGAAGGAUAUUGUCCAACCAAAGACUCGCACUCGGGUCCUCAAGAGCCCUGAACAUCUUGCCCGAGAAGACUCCGAGUACAGAAGGUACACUGACCCUGAACCAAGUGACAUCGUGGUGAAGAAGAUUGACUACGAUUGUAAGGCUGAUGAGAGGAGGUACAGGGGAUCCAGGGAGGACCUGGACAGGUACAGGAGCUCGGACCCUCGAGACAGUGACCCUGAGAGGAAGUACCGGGAUGUAGAGUAUGAUGGACGGUACGAAAGAGAAAGAACAUCAAAAGAAGACAGAAGAUACAAGGAGCGUAAAGAAGAGAAGCGAAGAUACAACUCCUCGGACCGAGAGAGUGAUCGACAGUCCAGACCUUCGGACGGGGAGAGCGACCUGAGGAAAUCUAGAUCCAGGCCUUUGGACUCACCUGCCUUGGCUGAGCGUUACCGCGAGAGACGCCGGCUGGCGACUCCCAGCCCCACCCCGUCACCACCGCGGCGCCAAGCCCCAACACCACCAGUCGGCAACUGGUUCAAGUCCCUCGACAGACUAACUAGGAAGAAGGGGAAAAACACUAAGAUCGAGAAGGAGAGUGUUAUAACCACAGAAGACGAGUCUCCUCGCAAGUCCUACACAAAACAAACGAAACCUCUGACGUCACCAGCAAAGAACCUCCGGUUCUUCGGCGACACAGACCAAGACUCGGACGCGAACGUCAAGAGCCGGCCCGAGACGAAACGAUACACACACACGAAACACGGAACACUACGGAAGACCAUCUCCAACUCUAGCACAGGCCUAGACGAAGUAGACCAUAAUGAAUUAACAAGCAAGAGCUACUCACUCUCAAACUUACAUAGAGACGAAAAAAGCAUAUCGCCCAACUCCAAACAUUACAAACGAAACCUUCAGAACAUUUCCGAAAUCCAGAGUAAUUCGGAGACGGAGAGCCAGUUUGACAGGAAACUGAACAGCAAGCCGCCCAUCAGUCCGUACGAGAGGUCCAGGAGCCACAGCAGCUCCAAAACCCUUAAGGGCUCGAAGGGAGAUGUGAGGAGGAGGAACGAUGACCGCGGCAGCUCGUCGGACUUGAGAGCCAGCAAACAAGAGCUUAACAGAGACGUGAAACACCGCCGAAGGACACCGGUCACUAACUCUGGUGAGAGCAGCACUGAAGGAGACUCCAGCCACCAGUCCCAGCGCAGCGUCGUCUACCUACAUGCGACUACCGUUGGAGACAUUCCGGACCCUGGCCGAAUCACCCGAAACCGCUCCCGCGAUGACGUCUCCUCAGUUAACUCAUCCAACCUUCAAAUACGAAACACGACCAAGAGCUUCUCCAUAUUCGCGCCCUGGACCCCCAAACACUACAACGACCAACAGGACGUGCACUACGCACAGAGACCAAGGAGGUCGAAGCCCAAAGAAAUCGUCAAAAAGGCAUCUUCGACCAAAAUGUUAACAGACGACAGGCCAGCAACACUACAAAAAAAUAAAUCCUACAGCCAAUCAACAUUGACUCGACGCCCGCAAAAUAAUCGACUAACCAGCUCUAGUCAAACAUUGUACAAAAAACCGGAAAAACGUACUAAAGAUAACGUUAGCACGCUAAGAAAACCGGUUCAACGAGACAGCAAGAAAAGUCAAUCGAGUGAAUUAAUUAAUCGAGAGAGCGAUCGAGAAAGGCUUUCGAGAUCAAUAUCGAUGCCUAAGGAUAAAAAUAAGACAGCUGGCUGGUUCAAACUGUCCAGCAAAAACAAAAAACCAGAAAUGAAUUCUAGAGUUCGCUAAUGUCAUUGGUAUUUACUAAUUGUUUACUAAAAUUGACAUGAAAUACGUAACAGAAAACCUCUCACUAUCCGUCCAUUAACAAUGAUAAAUAAAAUAAAUGAACGAGUGCCAUACUCUUCAGGAACCAUAAGAUGUAAUUUUCAAACUUUUUCUCAAUUAUUAAUAUUCAUAAUUAAAGUUGCACCUUCAUCUUGCCGGUGAAGUCCAAAAUGACUACCUAGAGUUGCCCGGAGUAAACACUACAAUAGGCAAAGAUUUGACAGACAAGUAAACAUUGAAUGAAUGUCAUUCAAUUCAGUGAAUAUUUUGCACAUAACAUUAAAGGCAAAACUACUUCAAAUAUUCGGUGUGUCAUUAAAAACUAAGCAUUUCGGCGGUACUAAGUUUCUAAUAUAUAGUAUUGGUUACUUCUAGUGCCAUUGUCCACUAAUAAUGAAAUAAUGUUACCAUGUUUUAUCGUUUAGUCAUUAAAUAAACUGCUUUUAUUACUAAUAAGAUAUUCAAAAUAUCUGUGCAUAUCGCUUGUAAGUAUGUUAAGGAUUCAUUACAUUUCUAAUUAUUAUGCUUUUUAGUACAACUAAAGAAUGUUUUCUAUUGUAAUCAAAUGCGGCAUCCGCUGCCGGUAAUAAAUUAGUCGAUAAUUUUUACGAAAGUUCGAUUGUAACUUGAUUGAUUUAUAAAUAAACUAUCUAAUUGUA